AUGGACCGUUGCGAUUACUUCGGCACUGUUGUCCAUGAGCUUCUCCAUGCUUUAGGUUUCGAGCAUGAACACAACAGAUCAGACAGAGAUAAUUACCUCAACAUUCAUCUGGAGAAUGUUGAUAAAGCAUGGCAUUAUGCAUUUAAGAAGCUCGAGCCCCAUGAGAACAGGCUAUUAACUGGCUUCGACUUCGAGUCUGUCAUGCUGUACGGAGAGGGAUCCUUCGCCAAGGCUUAUGGUUUGAAGAGUAUGACUGCCAAGGACGGUCGAUUCAUGGAGGAGCCUUACAACAAGCCCGGAAUGUCUGCCUCCGACAUUAAGAGACUGAACAUGUUGUACCAGUGCAGAAAAUAA